GCUCACGGCAAGGUACCUGGAGCUGUUGCCUCUGUCCAGUCCAUGUACCCCAACUUUUUCUCAUUUAUCGCGUCGCCCACCCGACCCCAGUUUCCUGUCUUCAUGACUCGAGUUCUCCCCAUUCUCCCCAUACUUCCCCGCCCUCCACGGACCUGACGCCCUGACCAAUUCGACUUGUUCGCGAUCCAAUUCGCCAGUAACCGCGACCGCAUCGAUUGCGCAGCAGCCAGCAGCUUGCGACGACGGGCACGGUGAUCGCAUCUCGUCUGAGCUCUCCUCCAUCGAACUGCGGCCGGAACUCGUGGGCAAAGGCAAGGAGGAAGGAGGGGUUGGGCUGAAUGGGCAGGCCAUCAUGUUGGACGACGGCAGCUCAUGAAAGUCUCCAGCCGAUUUGACGGGUCGAUAUGCGGCACCAUCUUCUUGCAUCGUCCGUCGUGGAAUUGGUCUGCCAUUGCCGCCUCCGCAACCGCAAUUGAUGCCACCAGUUCCGUGUCGCAAACCAGCCAGCGUGACCAAGGCAGCGGACGAAGAAGACAGGUUGCGACAGCAGGCCUCGGCCCAGCACAACAACGACGGCGCUUCCAUGGCGGCUGGAGCUCACAAAGUGGCCUUGUCGACGGGGCCGCGAGGAGACCCAUACGAGGCUCCACCGGUUGCCCGCUACUGACCACCUCAUCCCUGCGAGCAACUCCCACCAGUCUGUCCGGCACGAGCAGCAGACGAGCACUCGACUCCAACUUCUUCCGCUAUUCGGUAUCCGCUCCCCAGAAGAAGAGCCACACGGCGGCGGCGGCGGCCCCGGUUUCUGAGCCCGAGCCCGAGCCCGUUGCUGCAGCCGCCCCCGAACCCAGUGCCGAUCAGAAGCCCGCCGACUCCGUAUUCUUCUCGGCCCCAUCCGCGCUACAUGACGAUCUAUCGACCGAAUCCCACUCGGGUGCAAACCCACAAUCACAAGAGCCGCUCGAAUUCCACUAUAUUAAGCCCGGUCAUCUUACCAAAGAAGAGCUGCUUGAGCUGGUAGAUCCCUAUCAUGGUCUAGAUGGAACGGUCGAAGACCACCUCAAGUUCAUUCGCGAUCCUCACAUGCAUAACUAUGCGCCCGCUGACAGGCCCCGGUUCACCUUCGUACAAAACGAAGAUGACUACGAGUAUCCAGGCCCGGACGAAGUGGUUGGUCUGGACGAGUAUGGCCAACAUACACUGAGCGAUCUCAGGUUUGCUGUGCUCAUGCGGCUGCGCACUCCACACAAGAUAGACCUUGACACUAUCUACGACCUCUACCAACAACUGCCGGAACCGCGCAUGCCCUACAUCAAUGGUCGGUUGCGACACCAGCUCCUGAAAGCAUUAGGGCAGCCUCAGCGGAGGAACUCCAAGUCCAUGCUGCGGUAUUUCGCCGUCAUAGCGGAUGUGAGGAACUGCAGCAUGCCCUUGACGGCAGGGGAGUGGAAUUGCGCCAUCUCUUUCGCAAGUCGAUAUGUUGGCACUGUCACCGAAACCCAGGCGCAGUCUGCCAUGAGACUAUGGCGCGAAAUGGAAGUCGACGCUGGCAUCAAGGCGACCGAGGUGACCUUUAACAUUCUCUUUGAUGUGGCUUCCAAAGCUGGCAACUUCACCCUCGCCGAAAUGAUUUACAAAGAAAUGGUCAGCCGUGGGCACUAUUUCAACCGCUAUCACCACGUGAGCUUAAUCCAUUUCUUUGGGCUCAAGAGGGAGACCGGUGGACUUCGCGCCGCGUUUCGGGAGAUGGUUGAAGCCGGCGAGAUGAUUGACACGGUUGUCCUCAACGCCGUCAUAUCUGGACUGUUGCGAUCGGGCGAGGAAGCAGCGGCCGAGCGCAUUUAUGCUCGCAUGGUGGCUUCUAUCGCGAAGUGGUCGGAGGCACCGUUCCCGACACGGAGCUAUGCCAGCGAUCGCGCCAUCACACAGGCGCUGAAGAUGAUGGCCCGGGUUGCAAAGAAAGCUCCCGAGUUGCAACAUAGCUUUCAAGAGAUGGUGCCUAUGCAUCCAAACCUUCGGACGUAUAGUAUCCUGGUCAAGUAUUACGGCGUUCGGUGCGGAGAUCUCUCUUGCGUGGCCAAGUAUAUCGACGAGAUGAAGCUGUUCGACAUCCCUGUUCACGGCUCCAUCUUCAAGGUUUUGUUCAAGGCUUUUGACCGCCAUGGUGGUUACGCAACUUCGGCAUGGAGCGCGAGGCGGUUAGAAUCAAUCUAUUCGGCCCUGCUAGAAGCCGUAGACGCUGGACGGACACUUGUUCAUCACUCGACCCCUCCGCCAGCUGAUGAGGAAUCGUAUCCUGAUGAUCACGUUCAAGAAGACCACCUUCAUGAGCCAGUUCAAGUUCAGGAAGAGAAUAUCCAGGAGGAACACCAUCCCGAAAGCUACGACCCUGAAGCCGAAUUGCCCUACGAAGAGGAGGACUAUCAACAAAAGAAAGAAUGGGGCGUCGACCGCCCAGGCGUAGAGAUCAAGACCUGGUUAGCCAUUUGGGUCCUGCGCGCAUUCAUGCGGUGCACAAACGGCGACAGAGUCGUCGAAGUCUACGACCAACUCAGGGCCCGCUGGGAGCUCAGCGACAAGGACGAGCUAUUCAUGGCAGACUUUCUGUCUUCGCUUCUGAUCGAUGGCUCGAGAAGAGGGAAAUGGUAAUACAGUACAAGUAUAUCACGACAGAACAUGGAAACACCAGAGACGGACAGAAGAGGUCUACAACGGGACACAGAACGUCACGGGCACUAUCCGUCAUGAGCUAAUGAUGCUUAUGCACAUAUUUUACAUAUCUACAGAUACAGUUGUUGUUGCUGUUUCAUAUCUUUUGAUGGCGGUGGUGGUUGGACGUUAAUGUUCUUUGUAUAUUGCUUUUAUUUUCAGACGCGGACCAGUCGCGUGGUAUCUAUCUGCAUUUGCAUGUUUGGUUGAACCAGAGGGGCGAGCUUAGCGAGCCGGAGUUUGGACUCUGAAGAAUCUUUUAUGUGGUUGUAUGAUAGAAGUUAGACUCAUUGUUAGAGGCGACCAGGAGGGACAGAUCAUUCAAAGCAUUCAUGUGACGUUCCAUCCACGAACACUACUCGUC